AUGUUAUCGUCAGAGGCUCUAUGUAAACGUCUAAACGAUAACUGUGAUCUCGUAAACGUGGUUUUAAAUACUGGAUGUUAUCUGUUAGCCGAAAAGCUUCACAAGACAGAAAUGACCCUAGAUCCUUUUUUCUUAUUGUGCACGAAUCCAAAGCAACUUGAAGAUAACCAAUGCGACUGGGAUGUGAUGUAUCUCGAAAGGAAUGCGACGAUGACGCAACAUGGAUAUUGGUUCGUUAUGGGGGAUAUGCAGAAUCUGUUAGCUCAUUCUUCAUUAGCCAUAAAUACUGUUCUUCAUCCAACAGCAUUUUCUCAUACUUAUGUGACCCUUCUGAAAAGGAUGCAAGCCAUGUUCCAGACGAUGACGCAACAUGGAUAUUGGUUCGUUAUGGGGGAUAUGCAGAAUCUGUUAGCUCAUUCUUCAUUAGCUAUAAAUACUGUUCUUCAUCCAACAGCAUUUUCUCAUACUUAUGUGACCCUUCUGAAAAGGAUGCAAGGAAUGAAUGUUAACUGGCGGAUCAUUCGUGGCGAACAUCGAGAAAACGACAACACUGAUCUCGUUCAGCGGUAA